GCGGGGGCUGAUUCGAACCCUGGCCAGAGAGAAGGGGUGGGGUGGUGGGGGAAGCGGGUGAAUGAAUGGCUGGGGAGCCAGGGGAGAGCAACUGGAGGAGCUGCGGUCCGGGGUGGGGGUGGGGGAGACAGGGAUCUAAGGGUCCUGGGGGCACGGAGCUGGCUUGGACCAGGUCCGGUGAGGCAAAGGGGGGCGGCGGGAGCAGCUGCGGGGCCGGGGGGUGGAGGUGGGGUGUGUGGCAGGCAGGCCCGGGCCGCCCCCACGCGCCCCGAGUGUCUGCUGCUCGGACACUAAGGGAGAUGGAUGGGGUGGGGGAGAUGCAGCGCGGAGCCCCGGGCUGCUCCUGGCGCGGCCGCCACCCCCGCAUUGGAGGGUCGGGCGGGGAGUCGCUCAGCAGAUAAAGGGGCAGCGAGGCGAGAGAGGACAGCGCGGACGACGGCGGCGGCAUGAGCAAGGCAGACCCGAAGCCCGCUGCGGGCAUGGCCCCGGACUCGGACCCGGGCCCGGCGGCUGUCGCCUCGGCCUACCAGCGCUUCGAGCCCCACGCCUACCUCCGCAACAACUACGCGCCCCCUCGGGGGGACCUGAGCCGCCCGGAUGGCGUGGGGCCUUGGAAGCUGCGAUGCUUGGCGCAGACCUUCGCCACGGGUGAGGUGUCAGGACACAGCCUCAUCGACAUUGGUUCGGGCCCCACCAUAUACCAGCUGCUCAGCGCCUGCGCCCACUUUGAGGACAUCACCCUGACAGAUUUUCUGGAGGUGAACCGCCAGGAGCUGCGGCUCUGGCUGCGGGAGGAGCCAGGAGCCUUCGACUGGAGCACCUAUAGUCGGCACGUCUGCCUCAUUGAGGGCAAGGGGGAGUCCUGGCAGGAGAAGGAGCUCCAGCUGCGAGCCAGGGUGAAGCGGGUCUUGCAUAUCGAUGUGCACCAGCCCCAGCCGCUGGGUGCUGGGAGCCCGGCGCCCCUGCCUGCCGAUGCCCUGGUCUCUACCUUUUGCCUGGAGGCCGUGAGCCCGGACCUUGCCAGCUUCCAGAGGGCCCUGGACCACAUCACCACCCUGCUGAGGCCUGGGGGGCACCUCCUCCUCAUCGGGGCCCUGGAGGAGUCAUGGUACCUGGCUGGGGAGGCCAGGCUGGCCGUGGUGCCCGUGGGAAAGGAGGAGGUCACGGAGGCCUUGGUCCGCAGCGGCUAUGAGGUGCGGGACUUGCGCACCUACGUCAUGCCUGCCUGCCUUCAGACAGGGGUUGACGAUGUCAAGGGCAUCUUCUUCGCCUGGGCCCAGAAGAAGGUGGCAAUGUGAUGGCCCAGUGCACCCAGAUCCCCUGUGAUGUGAGGUGGCACAAAAUAAAGAAGUUCCUCCAGCUGA